CGGAGCGGAGCUAAAAAGAGAAGUGGAAAUAAUUAAUUCUGAUUGGUUAUUCAAAACACUUCUCUGCUCCACUCCGUGUUAUACCUACUUUAGUUGGUCUAUCUUCUCCUUAUGUUUGAAACGAUCUUUUUUGGACAGUCUGUAUUUCUCUGCAUGCCCAAUUAAUUUUCUUUUGACGUUGUCAAUUGCAAUCAUAAUUGCGAGAACCGAUCUAAAGUGAUUUUGAUAGAAAACAACAAAUCAAGAUGCUAUGAUUAUCAAAAUAUUCAUAAAACUUAAGGGUUGCAUCCUAAGUUGCAUCUUCUAGUACCUAUAUUCAAGCUGUUAGUAAUGUCAUCAGACGAUUACCAGGUGCAAAACAUUUAUCGUUAUUCAAGGAAAAGUUAUAAGAAAAACCACAGAGAGACGCAAGACGAUAUUAACAGUCCUAGGAACAUCGAAGUAACAGAAUUAUCACCCAGAAGUGAUGAGAGAAAUAAUGGCCAUGCAUUUGGUUCGCCUGGCUGCAGUUGCGAUAUGGAUUCUGAAGGAGAAGUAGCAAGUAUUUUACACAAAAAGUGCCCUGUCAUAACUCUUGCUCAACAACAACUUCAAAAGCUGCUUGACGAGACAGACAAACUGCUUUGCGACAAUACAAGAUGUUGCAGAUCAGUAUACGACUUUCUGUGUAUUUGUAAGGAUAUUUUACUGAAACAAGACAAAUGCCAAUGUGCUUUAAUUGCCCUUAUUGCCGUGGCAUUCUUUACCGGAAUUUUAAUUGGUGCUGCCACCUGCGGCUCCUACCUUGGAAGAUUCAACAGUCCUAUUUUAACGUGUAUUGAUAAUUUCUUUAUUCCUGAGAGUUAUACCUCAAUAAAAGAAUCGUAUCUCAGCAUUACUUAAUAAUUUAUGUUACUUAUUUAAUUU